AUGAGCGCUUCAACAACUACCUCGAGCCAAGGUUCUACGGCCAAUAUCACGAAGAUCUGCCAAAAUGGGGACGUCAUCCUUGCAGUCGGUCCCAAAGCUAAGAUUCAGGUUACCUCGGACUUCCUAAAGCACAUCUCGCCUGUUUUCAAAACAAUGCUUGAAGGCCCUAUGAGUGAAGGAGAGGCUCUUCGAAACAAGUCACCCGACUCUCCAACCACAAUCUCGCUUCCUGCAGAUAAUGCACUGGCCAUGAAAAGACUUCUGCGGAUCCUCUAUGGCGCAGACGAUUUGGCCCUUGAUUUUGAGGCAGUCUAUGAUAUUAUAGUCUUGGCUGACAAGUAUGCAAUGGCUAAGCGACUCAAGGCUUUCGGGCUCGAUUGGGUUCGUAUGAACCUUGACGACGAAUGCACUUCCGCUGCGCAGUUCAGGGAAAGCUGGGAAAAAAUGGUCCUUUCGUACAUGCUACAUAACGAUGUGGCUUUCUUCGAAGUCAGUUGUUACCUUUCACAGGCCACAGAAGGAGUGGUAACUUGGGCGCUGGAAUUGCCUGAUCAAGCACUUGGCUUGAGACUCGCUGUGGCUAUUUAUGAGCUUUAUGAACAUAAUUUCGUCGCAGAAACUAGAAUGGGAUUGUGCCUGGACUGCUUCAAAAACGCGAAGGACAGCUUCGUUGGCAUGCAAAGCGGGUGCCCCCCUCUGGCAUAUGACAAGGGCAGCAAAGCAGUAACCUCUUUCGCACCCCCGAGUACAAUUGGCAGUACAAGCAUCAGACAAUGGUCAAAAAAGAAAUUGGCACAGCAGAAAAGGAGGCCCAGAAUUGAAUCUGCGCCUCUGGGUUUGAUCCAGCCCCUGAAGCAAGAAGCGGACCAGCCUCUUGCUAAGAACCCGGUUCAACAGGUCGUCGAGGUCCUCAUUCCUGGAGGAGAUUUAAUUCUCGCCGUUGGUCCAGAAAGAAGACUGUUCGGAGUUUCCUCGAGCUUCAUCUGCGAGAUAUCACCCGUCUUUGCCGUCAUGUUCGGGCCAAACUUCGAAGAAGGGCAUCGUCUACGAAGCACACAGCCUGAAGACUCCGAAAUGGUGCUCGAGUUACCCGAUGACAACGCCCAAGCCUUUUGUAACACUCUACGUGUUUUGUACGGGGCAGAUCCUGCGACAGCAGACUUCGAGCCGGCUGAAAUCCACAAGAUCACCAUCGUCGUUGACAAGUACGACAUGGUUUCACGCUUCACCUUUGCGUCGGCAUACUGGUUUACAAAGUAUUCCUGGACGGACGACCCGGAAGAAACCUGGCAACUCACAACUGCAGCCUAUUGGAUGCAGAACCCUGAUGCCUUCUUUAAUUUCAGCAAGAAGCUCAUCAAACAGCUACAGACUUCCCAUCUGAGUUAUGUCGAUAACAUGCCAGACAAAAUGCUUGGGUUGAGACUUUGUUUGGCAAUCGAAGAACAACGCGUCCACAAGCUCAUGCACUGUACAAAGGCAAAGGGCUUAUGUCUGCAUUGCUUUAGCCGGUCAAAGGUCGCGUUCACUCUGCGGAUCCAGGGAUGCAAGCACCGCAAGUAUCAUUCCUGA